GAAAACAAACUUAACAUAUCUCACUGGCAAAUCAACCAAAAAGUAUAAUGGCUAGGAUCUUCAAAACUAAAUAUGAUAAACUACACCCACAGUUAUUCCUACUGCAUGGGACAAUGUGUGGAUAAGGAUAAAUUUGAGACAGACAAAAUGGAUAAAGAAAACAAUCAUAUUUCUUGGAAUAGGUAUUGACACAUGACUGCAGGCAACUAAUUGAAUCUACUGCUUUGUACUGAUCUGGAAAUAUCACUGAGAAGCAGAUGUCGACCACCGGGGAGAUGUCAGUUUUCCUAUUUCUGAAGCAUGCAGAAAAAUAAUUCAACAACUUUGCAAAUUUAUACAAGAUAUAAAGGCAGGGAUUCUAUGAUGAUAUCAAAUGCUGCCGGCUGGACAAGAAGAAUAGCUUAUCAUUUCAACAGUCACACAGGAUGAUAUUUGUGUCUUUGAUAAAUGGUAAAUUACAAAACACAGGAAUUAACUUUGAGUCUUUUCUAUAUAAGAUCAGAAGAAGGAUGCUGGUUUCCCCAGGAUUAGCCAUGCUAUUUCUCCUGAGGUCUUCCAAUGCUGAAUUAUGCCCAGAACCCUGCAAGUGCAAAUUUGUUGCUCAGGGUAUGAUAAUUAACUGCAGCUCCAGAGGUCUGCAGGAAUUGCCAUUUAUUCCAGAAAAUACAACAGAGCUUUAUUUACAUAAUAACAUUCUAACUACAGUUGCACCAGGAGCCUUUGACAAAUUGCAGAAUCUACAGGCUAUUAGCCUCUAUAACAACAUCUGGAACUGUGAUUGCCAUAUUGCAUACCUCAAACAGUGGCUGCAGAACCCACCAACAAUAGUUCAGUCUAAUGCCACCUGUUUCACACCUAUUGCUGUUAGAAAGAAGCCUGUGGCAGAACUAAGAGGUCUGGAAUAUUCAAGGUGUCAUUCAUAUAAGCAACAUCAAUGCCGUGACAUAUACUUCAAAAGCAUUGCUCUUUGUCUUCUCCUUUUGCUUUUCCUCCUUCUGAUGUUGUUUUCAUUCAUCAGUUUCAAAUCAAAAAGCUACGUAUUUACUCCAAAUAUUGGACUAAAAGAAUCUGAUCUCAUUCCUUUAGUGGAGCAAAGAACAGCAAAGAGGCACGUACAAAAUGAGAGGACUCAGGAUUCAAGUAUUGAAUUAUAGAAUGAUGAAUUAAUAGAGAAGCCUUUUAUCUGUGACAGUAUGGAAAUUUUGCCACAGAUAUUAUGUACACUGCAUGCAAAGCAUAACAUUAAAAUUAAA